AUGGUGGACCCAGCCAAGAUUAAGGCUAUUUACAGUUGGGCUAGGCCUACGUUACCUUCUGAGGUUUGCAGCGUUAUUGGGUUGGCAGGUUACUACAGGCGGUUCAUUAAAGGUUUUUCUUUUAUUGCAGCCCCUAUGACUAGAUCGACCAGGAAGGAGGUUCCGUUUCAAUGGUUUGCAAGUUGUGAGGCGAGCUUUAUAAAGCUUAAGAAAUUGCUUACUUCAGCUCCUAUUCUGACUCUUCCUGUUGAGGGCGAGGAUUUUACUGUCUAUUGUGAUGCUUCUGGUGUUGGUUUGUGUGCCGAGAGGUUAGCUCGUGUUUACAUUCAGGAGCGGUAUAUUCCAGAUGAGUCACACGUACUUCAGUGGGACUCGGUUCAAUUGGACAUUGGAUUGGCAUUUGUAGAGGAGCCAGCGUCUAUUUUGGCGAGGGAUGUCAGGCGGUUGUGCUCUAGGGAUAUUCCG